AGGAAAACGCAUGGAUUAGUGUUUACAACUCGUAUCAUCCUAGCUGAACCCGGCUUCACCCUACUGUCCAAAAUAGACCCAUGCAAUAUAUUCGGACUGGUCUUGUAUAGGAAAUCUUAUAACACAGGCCUUUUUUUUUACUGUCUUUGGAGAGGUCUAAGGGGUUGUUAUUGCAGGCUCGCUGUGUGAUAUCUGUCGCAGCGUCGGGCCACCCACCAUCUGUGGAAGUGGGACAAGGGAACAGAUGGCGCAUUCGAGGGUACUGACGCUGACCAUUAUAAAUAGGACAGCAUUGGAGAUGCAUACCACUCGAUAAAAUAAAAGGCUGUCGUUAACAUACAUUAGCCUGUGUUUUGCAAUGCCAGAGUGAUUUGAAUGAGAGUGUUUGCAUUGACUACACUGGUGCGCGACGAUUUGACCACUGGAACUUAAUCCCAUUUGACGUGUCUGCGGCUCGGUGAACAAUGGUUGACAACCGAUACGCAACGGCUCUGGUCAUCGCCUGUGUGCUGAGUGUACUGGCCACCGUUUAUCUGUCGGUGGCCAUCGGGACGAAGCACUGGUACCAGUACAGCAGCCCCACGGUGCGCGGAGAGGCUAACGUGUCCGAUCUACGCUCCCUGUAUGAGGAGUUCAUGGAUGAGGAGUUUGACGAGAAAACCUACAGCGACACCCUGUUCCGCCUCAACGGGACUGUGGGCCUCUGGUGGCGGUGUGUGAUCGUCCCUUCCAACGCUCACUGGAAUAAGGAGCAAGAUGCCAAAAUGAUGCUGGAGUGUCGAAGCUUCAGCCUACCUCAACAGUUCACUCCCAAGUAUAAAGAACCAGGCAACCACAACAGUGGAGAGGACAUGCUGCGCACCUAUAUGUGGAGGUGCCAGUUUCUGCUGCCACUGGUGUCCUUGGGUCUGGUGGUGUUGGCAGGCCUGACUGGGUUCUGUGCCUGCCUCUGCAGAAGCCUCACCCCCGUCCUUGGCAUAGGAGUACUUCACCUGCUGGCUGGCCUCUGCACUUUGGCCACGGUGUGUUGCUACCUGGCGGGGAUGGACCUGCUCCACAGGGUGUCAAUGCUGCCUGAUAAGGUGGAUGGCUCCUUGGGCUGGUCCCUCUACUUGGCCCUAAUUUCCUCACCGCUCCACAUGAUGGCCGCUGCGUUGCUGCUGUGGGCAGCACGCAGCCACAGUCAGAAUUACUACCGAAUGACCGCCUACCGGGUGGCAUAGACUGGUCAUAUCAGUCUCUCUGCACAGUUGAAAUUCAUACCCCACUCUGUCACCAAGAUGCAUUUUAUAUUGAUCUCACAGGAAAAGGAUGUAGGUUAAUCUGUACAUGUUGGCCACUGUGGGAUUAAAGUGCAUGUCAUUAUAUCUGCUGCAUUAUAAGAUUGGAUCACUCUAUGGGAAUUAGUUUGAAAAAGAUCAACCAGUAAGAGUUACAUAUAUUUGCUUCAAUUGGAAAACAGUUUUGGAUCCCACAAAUUAAAUUGCUGAUAUUGAGAAUACAGCUAAAAAUAAACAGGACAAGAAUCACGAGUGGUCUACGUUAUCAGAAAUGUUAAACAAAUCCUCAAAUCAGCCAGAUUUAUUCCAAUAAUCAAGUGAUAAAAGUAUGGCUUGUAUGAAACAGAUUCAAUUUGCACUUCAGAGUUCAGAGUUAGAUUCUUGCCCUGUCAAGGUAGAUUAAAUGGAUGUUGCUGUGUUCCCAUUACAAAUACAACAUAACUAUAUGCACAUCACAUAUUUAUGAAAAGAUUUAAACGUAUAUUAGACCAGAUCCUACUGGAAUCGCAACAUCAGCGGUUUCAACCGAGUUUUGGAGAUUUAUCAAUCCAACUAAAAAGACUCAAAUUGUAAUAAAUAGGAAUUGCCAUCAAAGAAUAAAUUAAAAGCUAUCCUGAUCCCUAAGACUGUUGUUGACUAUUGUUCUCCAAUGUAAUGCACAUGCCAGACAGAAAAGCCACAUUUUAAAGUGGAAUUGGGGACUCUUAGGAUUCUCGGAAUACAAAAGAAAAAGUGUUGAGCGUUUUAAAACACAAUUCUUUAGCUCGAAGGUCGCAGGUUUAUUUGAUACUAUAAAGAAUAUUGUAUACAAUACUACAUAAUGUGUAGUAUGAGUCGGGAAUUGGAACUCACUGUUCAGGAGGUGACUUUCAAAUUUUUGCAUCUAUGGUCACACCUAGAGUCAGGAGGGUGUGGUGACAUUUCCCCUUUAUUGCACUGGCGGAAAACACCUGGCACAGCAAGUACUGGUGCCGCCCUGAGCUUGAUCCUCUGUCAUUGCAGAAAGAAAACUCAUCCAUGAAAUAUUUUGUUAUGCCGAGUCUGCGGUUGUGCAAUCAGUUUCUUACUUUCGCUGCUUCAAAACAUGGUUGGCAUUUAUGAAGAGUACAGUAAGAGAGGCUAUGACUAUUAUGUAUAUAUAUUAACCCUAAAUCCCUUUUUUAAGUAACGUUUAUUUAUUCAUGGCCAUUCAGACUGUGUUUAUGUUUAUAAUGUGUUACCCAAAUUAAUUGUUUUCUUUGCUGUUGUUUUUUAUUUAGCAUUUUUGGACUAACUUUGUAUUUUUUUUUGUAGAACAAAUCAAGAAGGUGUAUUGUCUUCAACAUAGUAGUGGUUUUCCAGCCGUUUAGUGUAUGAUUUGUUGCUAUCACGUGCCCAUAUUUAUGGAUUUCCUUUGUGAAUUCAGCUGUAUUUGUUAUUAUGUAUUUCAUUUCAAUGUAUUCCUUUUAUUUCAAAUGUGUUACUACCAUUUUAAUUCAACAGGAUUCAAGGGAACCAGUUUUUUCCCUGUUAGGCAUUCUGAAUGUACUUAAAGGCCAUAUUGUGAGAAUCUAAAUUAUUCCUUUGCACUUAAAUUAUUUUUAAACAUAUCCUGAAAAUGGCUGUAGUCGUAAGUAGUGAAUUUUCUAUUUUUUGAAGAUCUAAGCGUUCUCAAAAUAAAACAAGUUUAGAGAAAGAUGGAAAACUAUGCUAAGUGUUUGCAGAUAUAUAGAUUACCACAAGCUUCCCACUUUCAGAAAAGUCUGUGAAAUGAUGCACUGCGUGUGGUAUGGUUGAUAUUGUGAUAACCAGAUUGUAUUUUGCAUUUUCAGCCUUUUAAUUCAAGAAAUUGUUCCAUCCCUAAAUCCACUGUAGCAUAACUAUAUCAGCAAUUGUCCAUGUAUGACUGUGCUUUUGUGAAUCUAAAGUGAAUGUGUUUCUGAGCUCAAACGGUUAAUAACUGUCCAAUUAAAUAUCAUGUGUGAGUGUAAACGAGUGUACACAUGCAAGCAACGUUUCAAUAAAAGAUUUUGUAAAAUA